AUGGAGCAGGGCACCGGCGUCCAAAGCGGCGGCUGCCCCUCGUGUGCGUGGCACACGAAACGGAAGAGCGAGCAGAAGCGAGCAAACGGGCAAGAAGAGGGCGUUGUAUUCAUGCAGCUGCCAGCGCCGACCAUCUUGGGCCGGAAAGGGGCCGCCACGAGCGACAGUGGCGCCACGGACAACCCUGAGGCAGUUGUAGGCAGUGCUGUUGCCUCAGAAUGGAAAACAAAAGUCAAAAAUAGAACACCUGUUGCGGUGUGCGAUGAAGCGAUCAACAGGGAUUUCUGCUCCCUUGGAUUUGAACCAGAUUGUUCAGGAGCCCCAGUCCAAGGUACGCUCUUCCUUGGGUGA